UAGCCGUUGCCUCGCCUCGUGCCCUCUCCUCGUCUUCUUCCUCUGCCCCUCUCUGCGCCAUUGCCAGACGCGCCACAUUUAUCACUCACUCCGUGCUCCUCUACUUCACUCCUCUCUCUUCUUCUUCCUCCUCCUCCUCCGUCCGAACAAAUCGUCUUCUUCCCCACUGCUUCUUCUUCCGUCCGAAACAAGAUUCGCGAUGCUGCUGCGACCAAGCAGCCAUGGCGCCACCUCCAUGGCGGCGCUGCUCACCGCCCUGCAACUCUCCGCUCUGCUCCUCCUGGCGCCAUCCCCGGCGGCCGCCGCGCACCGCCGCCACCCCACCGGCGACGGGGUCAUCAUCAGCGAGGCGGACUACCAGGGGCUGCAGGCAAUCAAGCAUUCCCUCACCGACCCGCUCAACGUGCUCCAGUCAUGGAACGCCACGGGGCUCAACGGCGCCUGCUCGGGGCUCUGGGCGGGGAUCAAGUGCGUCAACGGCAGCGUCGUCGCCAUCUCCCUUCCCUGGCGGUCGCUCUCCGGCACGCUCUCCGCCCGGGGGCUCGGGCAGCUCGUCGCGCUCCGCCGGCUCAGCCUCCACGACAACGCCAUCGCCGGCCAGAUCCCGACCUCGCUGGGGUUCCUCCCGGAUCUCCGCGGGCUCUACCUCUUCCACAACCGCUUCUCCGGCGCGGUGCCUGUGGAGCUCGGACGGUGUUUGUUGCUCCAGUCCUUCGAUGCCAGCAGCAACCUCCUCACCGGCGGGGUUCCCGCCGCCAUUGCCAACUCCACCAAGCUCAUCCGGCUUAAUCUCAGCCGGAACGCGCUCUCCGGCGAAAUCCCCGCCGAGGUCGCCGCGUCGAGCUCGCUCCUCUUCCUCGACCUGUCAUGGAACAAGCUCUCCGGCGCCAUCCCCGACGCCUUCGCCGACUCGUCGUCUACUUCCUCCUCCGACCGGAAAGAGCUCGCCAUCGCCGGGAGCGGCAACCACCAGCUCGUCUUCCUCGAUCUGUCCCACAACGCGGUCUCGGGCCCGCUGCCGGAGUCGCUGGCGGGGCUUCCGAAGCUCCAGACGCUCGACCUCUCCGCGAACAAGCUCAACGGCUCCGUCCCGCCGAGCUUCGGCAACCUCACCGGUGGACUCAAGGCCUUCAACGUCUCCUACAACGACCUCGCCGGCGCGGUGCCGGCCUCGCUGGCGCAGAAGUUCGGCGCCGAAGCCUUCGCCGGGAACCUCCUCCUCUGCGGCUACUCUGCUUCGUCCCCGCCCUGCCCCGAGUCUCCGCCUUCUUCUCCGGCGCCGGCGGAGGAGCAAAAUGGCAGCCACGGCCGCAAGUUCAGCCCCAGGGAGCUCGCGCUGAUCAUCGCCGGCAUCGUCAUCGGCGUGCUCGUCCUGCUCUGCCUCUGCUGCCUCCUCCUCUGUUUGCUCUCCAGGAAGAAGAAGUCGUCUCCCUCGAGCGCUCGAGCUCGGAGCGGCGGGAAGCAGCAGCAGGCGUCGUCGGCGGCGAGCAAGGACGCCGCCGGAAGGGGCGAGAAGCCGGGGUCGGAGGCGGCGGAGUCGGGCGGCGAGGUGGGCGGCAAGCUGGUGCACUUCGACGGGCCGCUGGCGUUCACCGCCGACGACCUGCUGUGCGCGACGGCGGAGAUCAUGGGGAAGAGCACCUAUGGCACCGUGUACAAGGCCACGCUGGAGGACGGCAGCCUCGUCGCCGUCAAGCGGCUCCGGGAGAAGAUCACCAAGGGACACAAGGAAUUCGAGGCCGAGGCGGCGGCGCUCGGCAAGCUCCGCCACCGGAAUCUCCUCUCGCUCCGGGCCUACUACCUCGGCCCCAAAGGGGAGAAGCUCCUCGUCUUCGACUUCAUCCCCCAAGGCAGUCUCUCCGCCUUCCUCCACGCGAGGGCGCCGAACACGGCGGUGAACUGGGCGGCGAGGAUGGGGAUCGCGAAGGGGACGGCGCGGGGGCUGGCGUACCUCCACGACGAGGCGAGCAUCGUGCACGGCAACCUCACGGCCAGCAACGUGCUCCUCGACGACGGCGAGCCGAAGAUCGCGGACGUGGGGCUGUCGAGGCUGAUGACGGCGGCGGCGAACUCGAGCGUGCUGGCGGCGGCGGGCGCGCUGGGGUACCGGGCGCCGGAGCUGUCGAAGCUGAAGAAGGCGAGCGCCAAGACGGACGUGUACAGCCUGGGGGUCAUCCUGCUGGAGCUGCUUACGGGCAAGUCGCCGGCGGACACCACCAACGGCAUGGACCUGCCGCAGUGGGUGGGCUCCAUCGUCAAGGAGGAGUGGACCAGCGAGGUGUUCGACCUCGAGCUCAUGAGGGACGCGGCGGCCGGCGGCGGCCAGGAGGGCGACGAGCUCAUGGACACGCUCAAGCUCGCGCUGCAGUGCGUCGAGGCGUCGCCCGCCGCGAGGCCCGAGGCCAGGGAGGUGCUCCGGCAGCUCGAGGAGAUCCGCCCUGGCUCUGCGCCUGAGGCCGCCGGACGCAGCGAGGAAGGAGGCCAUGGCGAUGUUGCUUCUGCGAGCAACGAGUGAGCUGCUGCAAUUCUUGCAGGAAUCAGAGGAAGAAGAGAGGGGAAUAUGGUCAAUCGACGAGGUUUUAGUUAGACAUAUAUUUGCAGGAAAUUCUUUGAUUCAUUUGCAGCUGGUAGUACUAGUAUAUUGUCAUUAGUUCAAGGAGAGGGAAUCAUAUAUCCCUCCUGUUUUCAAUUUCAAUUUCUAGUCUGUAUAUGCAAAAAUGUUAUUUGCACUAGAACUAGAACAAUCUCUCUGUUCAGAAAAAUUCAUUCCAAUUAGUAGUAAGAGACAAGAGUUUUGCUUCGGUUA